GAUAUACGAGUAACGUACUGCGCAUGCACCCGACACGCAGCCUAGGCAACGCGACAGCCUAGCUUGCCAAGGGCCCACUAAAGCCAAAGCAUCACGCCAGUUUGCAGUGUCAGCAGCGUGCAGUUGGGUUGACAACGGUCACUCCAGAAGCGCACCUUUGCUCUAGGGGGCGGCGGAACGCCUCGAGAUGGCGAAAAACAAACCACUUCCGUGCGCGUCCGCGACGGACUUUCCGGUGGCUUGCAGCCCGCGGCAUGUGCACAGUCUGCAGAACGGCGGUCGGCGUGCCUUAUCGGCCAUCCCUGGGCACGGAAUGCAGCCGCCUGCCUUGCUCAGCGUCGCCGAACUUUGAACCUCGAAAACGAGAAGGGUGAUCGGUGCGCGCCCUGUCGUCCAGUGCAAUAGUUGCGCUUCGACCGCCCGCUAUAAUAGAAGCCCAUCUGAACACGCGCGUCACUAUAGGACUGUGGUCCACUGGAUUUUGACUCGUUCACCGAUUCCUGUUCGUCUCAGGCGGACUCGACGUCAACCGGCCACGAAAGAGUGUAAAUAUGACAGUGACUUAAGCUUCACGCCUGUGUUUCAUGGUCAGUUUCGGUAUGGCCACGUGGAGUUGACACAAUCUGCCCUGCGCUCAUCAGUCCAUGACUUUUGUGAGUGAUUAGCUGCUGUCCACUGUACUGAGUCUUCGGGUGACUUUUGAUCAUCAGUCAGUGAAAUCUGAAUUUGGUGAAGGUCUCACCGCCUCUUCGCAGAAGUCUGUAGCCAGGAUACCAUCGCGAAGUUGCGAUGCGCACUAAAAUCGUAUUCCAUCGCCUCUUCAAGACGUUCCAUUGGAACAAAGUGGAGCCGGACGGCAUGGCCGAGGACGCCGAUCAGGUGGAUGCCUCGGCGGCCGCCUCGGCCGAUUGCCCGCCGCCAGCUGCUCAGGGGGACGGGGGACUGCCUCCUUCGUCUUCGGCAAGCGCCAACCACGACUCCUCCUCGUCCUCCUCUGCGAGAGCGUUGAGCGGUCACGUCAAGCUGCUGCGGCCGGUCAUGGUGCAGGCUUCGGUGGUGCCCGAGUCCCCCCCUUCUUCGCCGAACGUAGACGACGACGCGCCUCCACUGCAGAUCGACGAAGACGCCCCGACACCGCCCAGCCCGCCUUCGACCUCGCCGCACCCGGCCAGCCCAAGUCCUCCCAGCGACCUGGUCGUCACCGCACGCCACGACGUCGUUUUAAGAGGCGGCAGCGUGUGGAGAGACCACAAUGUCGAAGGCAUCGCCAACGACAACAGGAACAACGGCAAUCAACGAAAGGAACGUCGCAGAUCGGGCGAGCCGCCAUCCGAUGCGGAAGAAGCCAGGAUCCGCGAGUACUUGUGUCGCAGUGACACGGCCGUCAUCUACCCGGAGCCCGUAGAGGCUGCCAGCGCUCCAGCCGUCGCUGCACAACAACAAGGGUUGGCCUCGAACUGCCGUGCCGACGAGGAGUCGGCGAGCCGCGCGAGCCCCGUGGCCGUCGCCGCAGGCGGCGACGGCACCAGCAUCAGCACUAGCGACACCAGCCCAGCCAUGUUGGAAGAGAGCAUGGUCCUGCACUGCGCCCACUGCACGCACAGCUUCACGGGGGUGAGCGCGGCGGCGCAGCUCAGGGACCACGUGCUCUGCGCGCACCCCUCGAGGCAGUCGGAUGACUCGUCGGUGGCCGUGAAGAAGGAGCCCGGCUACGAGUUGUCAUCGAUGACCGUCAAGAAGGAAGAGCCGAGCGACGAGUCGUCCGCGCCGCGUCCCCCGAGCAACGGGCCCGUGGUCGGCAUGGCCGUCUUCACCUGCGCCAAGUGCAACGUGACCUUCUCCAAAAAGGAACACCUGGAGAAGCACGACCUGAUGCACACCGCUGCCGUUCCUGGCACGCAGCCGCGUCCCCAGGCGCCCGUCCAGCCAAGCGCGGAUGAGAACGCGGCGUUGCGCAAGUUCAAGUGCCCCGAGCCGUCGUGCGGCAAGGCGUUCAAGUUCAAGCAUCACCUGAAGGAACACAUUCGCAUCCACAGCGGCGAGAAGCCGUUCGAGUGCCCCCACUGCCAAAAGCGGUUCUCGCACUCGGGCUCCUACUCAUCACACAUGACGAGCAAGAAGUGCCUCAUCGUCAACCUCAAGGUGCGCAAGAUGGAUACCAAGGCGGCGCGGCAACGUGCUGCUAACGGUGCCACUGGCGGCGCCCAGGGCAACACCUUCCGACCUAUCAUUCCAAAGUUCGGCACCGGUGGCGAAGUGUCCGUGUCUCCCCUGGCGAGCUCCUACAUCCACGACCGCUUCCCUUUCCCUGGGGACUACGCGGCCCGCUCGCCGUCCUCCGCAAGCCAGCCGGGCGUGCCGCCACCGUUCCUGCCUCCGUACGCGACUCCGCUCGCCUUCCAACACCUGCUGGCCAGCCAGCUCUCAGCAAUUUCCCCACAAUACCACCUGUCCACUCUGCCGCCCUCCUUUAGCGAGGUCGCCCAAAUGCUGCAAGCCGGCACCGCCGUCAUGGAGAAGGCCUCGAUGCCCGUCAGCAACGGCGAGCUCAAACUGCCGCCGCAUGACGCCUUCAAGAAGUUCCUCGAGCUGAUGGACGCCGCAGCUGCCAAGCGCAGCAACGGUUCCUCGCCACCUCCGCCCAAGAAGAACGGCCUUCUCUCCGGCCUACUGGACGCCGCUCCUCUUCACGCCAGCCGCGACGACCCUCCGUCAAAGCGCGAGUACUCGUGCGUCCACUGCAAGGCUGCCACAUUCGACAGUCCGCUGGCACUGCGCCACCACGUAGAAUUCUCGUGCCAAGCUAGCCGUGACGUCAACCGGAACCUUUACUCCGACCUCAAGGGCCCUCCUGCUCUCCUUCCGUUGCCGGCAGUCAGAGACGAGUCGGGUCGCGAGUCGAGCGGUGGAAGUGACGUGACUGACGAUGACGCCGACAGCGGGGAGGACGGUGGCGGGAGGCGGUCCCGACCAGACACCAUAUCGGCGCAGGGCGAAAUGCUCCUGCAGGCCGCCUUCUUACUUAAUCCUUCACCGAAUCGCGACGAUCUGUCCAGCCUCGCGCGAAAGAUUUAUUCGAGUACGAGGAGCGUGCACGCAUGGUUUCAAAGCGCGUUGGCGCGGUCGCGUGCGGCCCAGUCUCGCCAGCUGUCAUCGCCGCCGUUUGGUGCGUCUCUCGCGUCCAAAACCGGGGAUGUCAUCGGCUCCCCGCUUCAGGUUUCGUACGCUUCUCUCGGUGUGGCGCUCAAUGGCGGUGGUGCGUCAUUACCGGACGGACAGCCAUCGGAUCCAGCGCUUGCGGAAUCCGAACAGCCGCUGGAUCUUUCGGUCAAGUCCCUGGGCGGCCGUUCCGGUUCAAACACACCUUGGAGUAUCGGUGGUUUCAGCGGUGGUCACGGGGAACCGGAAAACGACUGCGAGGUUCUCAACCUGAGCCAGAGAUCUCCGCGGACUUCGACGCCCAGGGAGAGCGACGCGGUGUUCCUCAACGGCGACGUCUCGCAAAGGCGUAGGUCGCCGCCUUCGUCGCUUCGAUGUCCCCUGGUGCCCUACACGGCGUCCGAAGACUCGAAGACUGCCGCCAUGUUUCACUCUGGAAGCCCACUACUGUCGACAUCCGCGAACCACAUUCUCGCUCUGUCGGCUCUCAGGGGCCUCGACUUCGAGGCCGACUUGCAGCGGUACCGCGAGUUUUCCCUCCGGGAGAGGCAUCACCAAUACGGGUACCCGUCGGCGCCGCAGGAACCCGUCACGGGGCUCGCGCUGGCUUCCCCGCAUGCGGCGCUCUCGCCGCCUACAAGCGCCGACCUGAUGCGCUCGUCGACGUCAUCGGACAGCCGCGACGCCACCAACAGCCCUCCCUCGCACAACGCCUCCGGCUUCAGGGUCAGCAAGAUGCUGUCACCGAUCUACUACCCCGACGCGGAGGACCAAGGCAGCGGAGAACCCGGCAGUCCCAAGUGCUACCUGAAGAAAAACUUCAGACAGGGCGAUGCGGAGUGCCUUGCGGACGAUGAUUGCCCAUCGAAUGAUGAGGACCCACGCCAACCGGGCUCCAAGAAGCGCAAGCUUUCGGCCAAGGGCGACGGCAACGCGGAAGAUGGCUGCACCUUCUGCUGCGACCAGUGCGAAAAGACGUUCAACAAGCAGAGCUCGCUUGCCAGGCAUAAAUACGAACACUCAGGCCAGCGACCACACAAGUGCGACGUCUGCGAGAAGGCCUUCAAACACAAGCACCACUUGACGGAGCACAAGCGGCUGCACAGCGGCGAGAAGCCUUUUCAGUGCCAGAAGUGCCUCAAGCGCUUUUCCCACUCCGGCUCCUACAGCCAGCACAUGAACCACCGCUUCAGUUACUGCAAGCCCUACCGAGAUAAUGGCAAGUAAGGCGAGCGCCGCAUCAAUUCAUCGACCUCCAGCGGAAGGAGCUGCCCCGGCGCGACCCUCCGAACCCGCAGGGAGAGCGCCGGUUGUAGCUGGACAGCUACGCCAGCUGCUUGGUCCUGAGAAGCCACGCGCCUCAGCGCUGUUUGAUGCGAUGCAGACGCAAACGGCAUAUUGAAAACCUUCAGUGUGGCGCAAGCAGCCGGCCGGAGGGGCGGUCCGCACUUUAGCGAAAAAGAGCCAAAGAAAGAAGAAGUACUUGGCGCUAUUGUCAACGCAUUCCAAUGAGUGGGCGAGCUGUGCUCGGCGAGAGUGUGGAAAAGGGCAGCCGCUGCUCCGUCGACAGAGUUCUUCGUGUGUUCAAGGUUUCGCGUCAGCUUCGUUCGACGGUGUUCCUGUGGCCUCAGUCAGCUGCGGGACCGGCCAUUUUCCUCCCGUUUUGCCAACCCCCGCAGGUGUUCAGGCCUGAACUGAUGAACAACGGUGCCAUGUUUCGAGGACCGCGUGCUGCCGUCCCCUAUGCUUCAAGCCGCGUGCUAAUGCCCCAGGGAGGAAGACACCGGACGAUGCUCCGUGACAAGCUUGCUUCCGGCAAGGGUCGACGCCUGCGCCAGGCACCGGUGCACUGUUCCUCGGCAUCUACAGCUAUCGAGACUCGACAUAGCACCGGAAGCGGAUCUCGAAGACAAGAGAUGCGAGGCGCGUGUUUUUCUCGCGCGAAUCGGAGCGCGGUGUGUGUGCGUGUGAACGCAAACUUGAGGCAGUGACUCUCAGUGUGACUGCGUAGUUCCGGUCAUCUCCCCUGUAACCCCGUUCGUCUUCUGGACCCUGGUCAUCAUCUCCGACGCAGCCGCAGGUCCACGUUCUCGGCACCUCGUCCCUCCAUCCUUCCACGAACAAGAGAAAGGCGCGAGGUUCGCUUCGUUUCCGCCUGCAGCAGCUUCACGGGAUCAAAAAGUGUAAUUUAACAAGAGUGGACAUGACUGAAUGACUUGAGGGGCGUGUUUUGUCUAAAUGAACGUUGCUGGGACUCGCCCUCUCCCUUUAAUGUUUGAUUUUGUUUCCUCUUCCCGCCUACUUCGCUAUCUUUCCUCUCCGCUGAUACAUCUAACACAGAAAAGAGCUGUUUUUACGCUGUGCCAUAGUACAUUGCUGCUCGCGAGCGUUCUUUGACGUGUAACCUUCGACGCUUGUAUGAGCAUUAGACUUUUACGAUGUGCUUGCGUGCGCGCGCGCUUGUGUGUUUGUGCGCGCGAGUGAGUGUUCGCUGUUUACCGCGCUGUAGUCGUCUCGGCUGCUCGAUUCGACGACCGUUCGUUUGUGCCAUGACAGUAUAGACACGAGGCGUCUGUCGUUGUUUCGUUCCUGAAAUAUUCUCAAUUCAUGACGUCACUGUAGCAUCUACUGAGUCGCGCACGAAAGUCCUAAUAAUCAGAGAGGGCUGAGUUACUACUCGUUUCAUUUCUCAUUUUCUCUCGUACUUGUUUCCUUCAUCAGCCUUGUUGCUGGUUCUGUGUGUUCAAGUUCUCGCAGCGCAGAUUACAGCUGCGACAUUGUACCUGGUUCUUUUUUUAGCACGGUCGCAGGUUCAACACCGUGCACACGCUGCGCGUACGUCCCAUGAAAGGGGUGAACGUCGACCUUUUUUCUUUUUCUUUUUUUGUUCGUCGAGAAAUUCUGUAAUGAACUUCCUCAAAUCUUCGGUGCAAGGCAUUUGCUCAGUGCAGCUGUGUGAAUAUAGACAACGAAACUCGUUAAUCUUACGUCCUUGGUCUCGCAAUCUACUUAACUGCAUUAGAAUUCCUCGAAGCUUUCGAAAGGAUCGCUUAUCCCACUGAGUUGGGCCGGAUGCUGCAUUAUGUCCUUUUUUAUUUCUUUGCCGUCUCAUCGCGAAAUGUUUCAUCAUUCUUUCUUGUUUGCCAUCAGGUCUUGUUUUCCGUAACGUUAUUUGGUAGUCAUGGUUUCCACGCCAAAACAAUAAUGUUCAGCUCCGCAAUCACCUAUUGUGUUUGGCACUAGUCAACUGAUGCGCGGCUAGUCGAUUCUUUUUUCUUUUCUUUCUUUUACAUCGGGAUUGACGUGCAAUUGCCUCGAAAACCAAAGAAACCAGGAGAUUUAGUCGUUUUCUUUGAUUCCCGCUCGACUUUCCCUUCCUAGAAUGCUUUAGCGAAGUGACGCCGCUCUGUGAACCGUUACUGUGUUUCUACCUGAGUGGUGUGCGUGUGUACCUGUACCUACCGCGCAUGCGUACUUGGCAUAUUACAGUGGCGCCAUCUGUGGAGCGGCAACGGUCUCUCUAUAGCGUUCUUAUUUUUGCAAUUCACUGAGUCGCAAAGAGCUUACCUUGUUUUCGCUUUUUUUUUUCUUUGCCCUCCGAAGCGCUACAGUCGCAAGCAGCAUGAAAGGAAGAAAAAAAGCGGCGAACUGGCGUUUAGUGGUAUGCAAUGAAAUCGUGUACAUAGGAUAUUCCAUUCUACGACGUUCAUUUCUCUCGUCGUGGGCAUUUCUGUUUUUUCUUUCUUUCUUUUUUUUUUUUUUGAAGCUUUCAUUUCGUGUGUGCAGCAACAUCGCGCGUCGCACCUGUCGCCGUUGAACAUACUCUAGAGAAAUGUGUAUAAACGUUGGUACGCUACGAGAAAAGUGAUGCGAAAGCCCGCAUCAGAAAUGCAAUCUCACCUACGUAUUCCUCACUCGCAUAUUUGAAGAUAUAAAUAUAUAAAUAUUAUAUGAAUAUAUAUGUUAUAUAUACAUAUACAUACACACAUGAAGCUUGUGCCAAUUGGAAGGAGUGGAAUCCUUUUAUGCUCCGUUCUUUUUUUUUUCUCCCUCUCCCUCUCGUUUGCGAGUUCACAAACGUUGCGUUGUGUCGUGGCAUAGAGGCAGGCGCCCUCUCGGACCCGCUCCGUAAGUGGUUCGCCGAAGCCCGUUAUUGCGAACGGUGCCCGAACAAUUUAAGCUUAGAGUUCGUAUUUUUUUCUUUUUUCCGGAAAACUUGAGUUACUUCUGUAUAACAACAGCUUAUGCUCAUCUGGGAGUCCCCGUCACAAUACCGCAGCGCGGGACUUAAAGAAAUAUAGCGUCCGUGACCCGGUAUCAUAAGAUAUAUACCUUCCACCGUGCCCGGCAUGCAUGGUUCUAAAAACUUGACGCAGUGUUUUUUUUUUUUUUUCGUAAAGUAAUUACCGUCCUUCGUCGGGUUGCGUAUUCCCGAAGAGCCAGCCGCGAGGCUCGUGCACGCGAGCAAUCGUUAACAAAGCUUAGAUUAUAGUUUGAACAGCGCAUGCUGCAGCCUGUAUCGAAUGUAUGCAAGAACACCUGCGUAGCCGUUUAAUUCGAAGUGAGCAGAAACGUUUGCAUAAGAACCGCUGGGUCUAAUCUAGUCGUGACCGAGUGACCCUUUUCUAUAGCCUAUAGAAUUGGGUACCGUAAUAAAAAAGUUGGGCUCUUUUUUCCAACGCUUUCGAGUACCGAGAUCGAAAUAGGGGUACUGUGUACGGCGUCAGUCGUGGUCACAAGUGAAGGGCCGCGCUGAUGACGUAGGCAGGCUCUGCCUCUGUGCCCGAACCAAUCGCAACUCGCAUUCUGUAAAUGUCAUUGUACAAGUUGCCCGUACUCUUGCGUUCUUCUCUCGUUUCAAGUCUCAUACAGCGAGUGCAUACCAAAGAAGGCUUAGUCUGUCGUCCACAGCGUCGAUGAGAACGGCCGCCCCAUGUAUAUAGACAUACCGCGAACGAAACGUCGCAUCGCAGUGUGUCGUUGCGACGAGCUUUGUUUCAUCAGUAUUGUUUUUUACUGUCAGUUAGCACUUAGUCCUUUUGUUUUUUUUUCGUUUCUUUUCGUUUCGUGUAUGACGCACACCACGUGAGGGCGUGUAUGCUGUAUCGUUCUCGCGCUGUCGCGUUUCGGACGCAUUCGCGUCGUCUGUUUCAUCAUGCCAGCGCUUUCACGAAUCGACUCGCACCGUCGGAGGCGACACGAUCCGAAACCGUUCUCCAGAAAGGUGUCGGCUCACGGUCGACUCUUGUAUUCCUUUAACUCCAUUUGCGUUCAUUUGAGUUCAUUCUCGUGUCGUGUCUUGAUUCCUCCCCGCAUUUCCAUUUUCUCGUUUAAAACGGAACUAAACGUAGGACAAAGACGUGUAAAAGAUAAAAAGCGUGAAGUAUUGAAGUAUAUGUCAGAAGAAGGCUUUCGAAUCACAGGCAGCCUUCGCAGGAGUGGUCCAGCUCUGGCACACACAUUUUCUUUUUCGCACAAAGUACAGGCUUUGACAUUCUUGCUUAAUAUCUUGCGCCAUAAAAGUUAACGCUUCCUUUUCCUUUGCGCUCUGUCGGCAACCUCUUGGCUAUUUCAUUUAUUUCACGUACCAUACUACGGUGAAGGCGUGGACCUUUGUGCAAUACAUCUAUGCCAUUAACAUACAUCUAUGUCAAGGUAUACCAUCCAUCAUUGUCUCUACCUCUAGAUACUUUAAGUAUAAAAGAAAAGGUGGCAUCGCGAUUCUCAUUCAAACGCAAGGAUCCCGCGGUCUCCUUGCAAGUUCGCAUCCUUAACAUCACUUUCGCGGCCUCGUUUCAUCGAGCGUGCUUCUAGUCCGCUUUCUUUAUUUUUUUUUCUAUUCGCUCCUUUCUGCGGGGAUGUAAUUCCGUGCAUAAAUUGUGCCCUCGAAGUUCGGCGCCUGUCGGAGACUUCUUUUAAUCGAACAAGCAUAGUUUUCGCCGACUAAAUCGGUUUCUCUGGAUCCCGAGCUACACUCAUGCGCGCAUGACUGACAUUGAUCGAAUAGUCGAACAUCGUAUCUACUACAUCUGUUGAGUGUUGCCUCUGCCCUUAAAAUGGUACUUGAGGAGGGGUGCAGCGCACCAAUUAGCGCGAGUCGCAACCCUUGAUUCUUAGAAGGGCAUGCCGGCGAAAUAACAUCCUAUGCCACAGUCUGUAGCAGAAAGCCGAUGGUACUAGUCAAUCCAAAAACAACAUAGGCACAUUCAUACGAAAGCUUGUUUCUAUAGGGCGAUUUGCAAACCGGUAAUAUCGUCCCCGCAUUUUCGCGUGUUAUUAUUCAUAUUGGUAACUCUCUGUCGACUUUCCUUUUCUUUAUGAGUAGCGUUAAUUUUUUUUUUAAUCUGUUCCACGACUAAUCAGAUUUUUGUAGCACUGGGCGUACACAUUUGUAGCCUGAUUGAUGAGUGUAACUAGUCACUCUGUAUUAUAGCUGAUUAUCGUUUCUUUAUGUUUCCGAGCAUAUUUUUUUUGUCAGAUGACGCGUUCGUCAAGCCAAAUCAUGGUUUAAAAAAGUGUUAACACAGUAGCAUACUACGAAAUUUUUCAGGGAACACCGUAGUCAAGGUGACGCUCCACGUUGACCACACUCUAAGAAAAAGAUUACCUUUUACUUUUUUUCUGGUAAGACCUGACUUGCCACCUAUGUAACUCUCUUUAAAUAUACUCUCCAAAAGGGAGUUAAUAUGUACCGUUAAAGACAGUUAUAUACGCCGAAAAGUCAGGUCUUACCAUAAAAGUAGUAGCACGUAGUGGUAUUCUUUUUUUUUUUCUUUUUCUUAGAGUGCAAUAACGUCGUCCGGCUUGUUGCAGUUUACUAGAUGAACUUCAAGAACAACGUAUAAGCCUCUUUUGCUAUAGUUUUCUUUCUUUUUUUCAUUUUUAGAAGAAUGCCGUAUUGAGGUAUGUCCAAGUGUUUACGAAUGAGUUGCACGUGGACAUGUGCAAUCCGCUUAUCUUUUAUUUUAUAUCUCGCUCUGCUUUCCUUUCUUGCUCGCUUCCUCUGUGUUUUACAAUGUAACUGACGCAUGCGCAUAUGGAGCUUCUAUGCCACUCCCUGUUCAUUUUGUCACCCAUAGAGUUCAUUCAAAGUGCAGUAUUACAUGAACCUGAGUCUGUGCGGUGUCCGCCGACAAAAUGUGCCAAAGACAUGCCAAAUUGUACAGUGCUUCGGUGCCAAAAGCAGAUUACACUGUGAUGUUUUAUUUUGCGCUGAUGCCAAAGCCGUGUACACAGCCAAAAUUCGCGUUUAGUCAGCCAGCGAAUGUUGUUGUGUCUUGUAGGGCCUAACUUAACGAGGUGUUAACGGUGGGGAAAGGAAACCUACCAAAUGUGCCAGAACAUGAAAUAUCAAAACUUUUUUUUCUACAGCUUAUGAUGAACCAAAGAAAAUGAGCUCUUGCUCUCAUGUUUGUUCCUAACAUUUGAUACAUGCCAACAGGUUCGAUGCUUUAUUGGAAGUUUUUCUUUAUAGCGCGGUUCAGUGAACGUCGGGCGCUCCUAAAAAACGAAUGCUCACGCUGUCGUAAGGAGCACUUCUCUUUAUUAGCUGGUUAACCGACCAUCUCUCACGUCGCAGCUUUACGAUCGUAAAAGUUCGAAGCAUGACGUUACCAACUUAACUGGCUGUCAACCUUCAGUCUGACUACCUGUAGCGAAAACGUUACGUGGGCUCGCUGUCAUAGCUUGAGCUUGCUUCAAGACAAAGGAGUCGCGUAACUAUGUUCGACAGGUCGCCAAACAAGUAUUCCCAUGUUUUGUCGAACUCGAAGGCAGCUUUUCACGACAGCGUAACUUUGCUGCAUGCACUUGUUCCCCAUGAAAGGUUCUUGUUCUAUCGUUUUGAACGUUUAAAAUUAUCAAAUGUAUUGUACGUAGGAUAUGUUUUUUUUUUCUUUAGUGGGCCUGCAGCUGCCUCCACCGAUCUUUGCGGUCUUCAUCCGCUCGCUGUGCACUGUAUACCUGCGGGGUUUUACCUGUGUUUUGUGGGUCUUGUUCACAUGUACUCAAAACGAGUGGAGAUAUACUUGCCUUUGUUUUGCGAAAUACAAUGCUAUUUGAAAAGAGUUGUAUUAGUCGAUUUACACGGUGAUGCGAUUUUGGCUGGCUUCCAAAAGUUCUGCCAGCUUUGUCAACACGUAUAAAACGCCGAUGGGCGUUUCCCCAUAACAUGCCAUGAAAUUGAACAUAUGGCAAUGUUUUAGCAUGACCAGACUGGAUAGGUGCGCGGGCUUUCCAACGCCCAUGCGCCUCUCCAGUCCGGCCAUGGUUUUAGCGUGUUACCAUUUUCGGAAAUUUGUUACUGGGCGUACAUGGAAUUUUGUGAACUGCGAAAGGAAGGUUGUUCAGUGCUGACGCUGUGAUUAGCAUUUGCGGAACGAGAACGUCCAGAAAACGAGGAAACCGUGGACGAGAACAAGCACGCAUACUUCUUCAACCUCGGUUCCUCCAAGACCCUGAGCUUUAUUGCUGGCAUUGUCAUUAUUGCUGUAACUUACGUUGGUUUCAUUUUCGUACCAGGGUCAUUGAUAUGUGGUGUCAUCCUUAUUAAAUCACGGCAAUUGUAAAAAAAAAAAAAGAUACACGCACACGACGGAAAGUGCAUUGCCCGAAGUUUUAUUACUGAGUUUCUGCAUCACCCUCCCGUGCACAAAGUAAUGUGCACUGGAUUUUUAGUUUGUUGUUUCAUUAUUUUGUGUCGUAUGUGUAAGAUUUAUAUUUUGUAUAAAGCUUUUUGUUAACAACUGAA